AUGGAGGGAUGGUGCUCUGGGGGUGUAAUUUGGCAUUUUGUCUUGAAGGGAAAUAAAAGGACGCAGUUUAGAGGGUAUGCGGCUGUUGUUCGAAAAGGGGUUUUGUAUGUUGUUGUGUAUUUUGGGAGUGGGUUGGGGGCUUUUGCUAAAGGUCGGGAGAGGUUUGAGAGGAUGGUUUUGGAGUGUAGCGAGGUUGGUGGGGAUGAACCGCCUCCGUAUUGGGUUGUUGGGGGUGAUGGAUGUGGGGAGGAGAGUCGGGCUGAGAGUCGAGCUGAGAGUCGAGCUGAGAGCCGUGCAGACAGCCGUGCAGAGAGCCGUGUAGAAUUUAUUACUGCUGGUCACGGUGUUGAUACCCAUGUCGCUACCCACACUGACCGUCCGUAA